CUCCUUUCAAUCAAUAAUAGGAGGCUGCAUAUUACUUUUAUAUUCCUUGGAGACAAGUAUAAAAGGCCAGCAAGGAGAAAGGAAGUCAUUCUCUUCUCUUUUCACUCUGGUUUAACAUCGAAAUUCCGACAAAUGUUUCCGAGAACACUCGUUGUGGUGUUGGCCUUUGGUCUCCUGGUCGCCGCCGAGGCCAAACCGGCGCCCAGUCCCCAGAUUCUUCCUUAUGGCGUCUCCAGCCCCGGCCUGCCUGGCCAUGGUCUUCCCCUGACUUCCCCUGUGGUAUCUCCAAUGUCUCCUGGCUCACCAUGUUCCGCGAUGACAUCCAUGUGCCACAACCCCAUUAGUCCUUCAAUGAUGUUCCAGCCACAAACAGCCGUCCUUGCUCCCCAUUCACCAAUGCUUCCUAUUCACUCACCCAUGGCCCUUCCUCAACCACCAAUUAUGCCUGUUCACCCCUCUAUGGUCCUCCCUCAAUCACCGAUGUUACCCAUGCACCCGUCUGUGUUACCUCAUCCACCACUGCUUACCUCGCCAAUGAUCCCACCAUUGUUUUCCGGCCAUUCUCCGAUGAUGCCUAUGUUAGGUUAGAAAAAAGACGUGGCACCAACUGGCUCCGAGAAUUCAGCUCCCGACGAAGAUUUCGACCUGGAAAUGCCUGUUACAACACAAUACAGUAGUCAGAAUGUUUGCAAGAGAAAAAAUGAGACACAUGGCAGAGAAUAAGAAAAAUAUGUAUAUCU